AUGGAAGACAUCCAGGCGCUCACCAUGGUGGGGGAUCAGGUAUGCCAGCUUCUCAUGCCCUCCCCUGACAAGUACAAAGUGACUGUGCUAAUAGCGGGCAGACCCUGCCAGAUGGAGGUAGAUUCUGGGGCGGGCCAGAUGGCAAUAUUGGCCCAGACAUUCAAGGAAUUGUGUCCGGGGAGGGAAUCCCAGUUGAGCCCAUCCCCUUUCGUAGUCCGGAACUUCCAAAAGAGGGAGGUUGCCAUACUGGGGGUGGAAAAGGUCCAUGACAAAUACGGCCAGUUUUUGGGCAGUCUUCCCCUAAUAGUUGUCGAGGGGGACCUGCGCAGUUUACUGGGGCGGUCCUGGUUCAAGGCCCUAAGAAUCCGGAUAACAGGUAUCCACCAUGCCACUUUCCAGACUAAUUUUCAGAGGGUGUGUGAGGAAUUCCUCACCGUCUUCGACAGCAUCUUGGGAACAUACACCGGAGAACCAGUGACCCUACAACUAGACCCCAAUGUGCAGCCCCUUAGGCUGAAAGCGAGGAGGGUCCCGUUCGCCUUGAAGCCAAAAAUAGAGGCCGAACUAGACGGCCUCACGGCCCAGGGAGUCCUGGAGCCAGUGGACUACGCCACCUGGGAGACCCCCAUCGUAACCCCAAUCAAGCCAAACGGGGAGGUGCGGAUCUGUGCAGACUAUAAAUACACGAUAAACAAGGCACUGCAGGAUAACCCCUACCCAGUGCCGGUGGUGAACCACGUCUUGGCUGCCCUCGCGGGGUCUAAAAUCUUCAGGAAGCUGGAUCUGGCACAGGCCUACCAACAGCUCCCGGUAGACAAUAAGACGGCCGAGGCACAAACGAUUGUGACACACAGGGGGGCCUUCCGGGUGAGGAGACUACAGUUCGGGGUAAGCGUCGCUCUGGGGAUCUUCCAGAGUAUAAUGGACGCUCUCCUUAAAGGGAUCCCCGGAGUUCAGCCAUUCUUUGAUGACGUUUUAGUCGCCGCCCCGGACCCCGAAGAGUUCGGCAACCGCCUACGAGAGGUGCUCCGCUGGUUCCAGGCAGCGGGGCUCAAGGUUAAGAGGGAGAAAUGUUUGCUGGGGGUCCCAUGGGUGGAGUUCCUGGGGUUCGCUGUAGAUGCAGCAGGAAUCCACCCAAUGGAAGAAAAGACCCAAGCCAUUGUGCAAGCCCCGGACCCCACCUGCAAAGCGGAGCUACAAAGCUUCUUGGGGGUGCUGAACUUUUAUCAUUCAUUCCUCCCCCACAAGGCAGCCCUAGACGUCCUGGUGUCCAAUGCGGUGCUCCACCAUUUCAACGAGGGCCUCCCCGUCAUCCUGGCCUGUGAUGCAUCGCCUUAUGGGGUGGGAGCGGUCCUGGGGCACCAACUCCCGGACAGGAGGGAGGUGCCGGUAGUGUACUACUCCCACACACUGACUCUGGCCGAGCGCAAUUACGCGCAGAUAGACAAGGAGGCUCUGGCAAUCGUGGCGGGGGUCCGCAAGUUCCAUGAAUAUCUGUACGGACGGAGGUUCACAAUUGCUACGGACCACAAGCCCCUCCUAGGUCUGUUGGCCCCUGACCGACAAACCCCCCAAAUUCUAUCACAGCGUGUGUUGAGGUGGAACCAAUUCCUCAACUCGUACACUUACGCACUGGUCCACCGAGCCGGCAAAGCUAUGGGUCACGCGGACGCACUCAGCCGGCUGCCACUUACUGAAGUAGGUCCAGACCCCGCCCCCACACACCAGGUAAUGCUAGUGGAGAGCCUCCUGGAGCAGCCCCUCCAUGCAGCGGAGGUCUCCAGGGCCACCCAGAAACACAAGACACUGGCCUGGGUGCUCGACUGGGUGGUGAUGGGUUGGCCAGAAGGGAACAUGGGGGAAGAAUUCAAGCCGUAUAAAACCAGGAGGGAGGAACUAGCAGCCCACAAAGGGUGCCUAUUACGGGGAAGUAGGGUGGCGGUCCCCCCCCCCCCCCGCUGCAAACGUGUUCUGGAAUCCCUACAUGAGACACACCCCGGCAUAGUCCGCAUGAAGGCCUUAGCCAGGAGCUACGUUUGGUGGCCGAGGAUGGAUGGGGAG